CAGUAGCUGUUGGCAAUGCUGUAAAAUGUUGCGUCUUGUCGGUGUGGUGUAUGGGCUCUUCAACACUCGUAUUUUACACUUAUAAAGUGCUUAUAAAGCUGUUAUGCAUGAUGGAUGAUCCGUGCUGUUAAGUUUCGCAUAUAAAAUUAUGCAAUUUACCUUCUGUUUGGCGACGAUCACAAUGUUUAUCGAUGCACUGCUUGCAACCUCAUUGAACAAAACUCCGUGUUAGUGUUUUCUCAAUAUCCACUCUCUUGUGGUUUAUUCAAAUUAAAAGUUUCUUUAUCUGUAGGAAUGGUUGUUAGGCGGUUGUUACUGUGAUGUUAAACAUAGAUAAAUGCCAUACGGGAGAACGGGAGAACACUUUAUCACAUAGGGAUUUUCUUCUCUAUGGUUGCCUAAUCAAAGUAAAACGUUUUCACGACGUUCACGACCUGACGGUUGUGUGGUGUAAGUGGUUAUAAGUGAAUUAUACGGAAAACGGUGUUGGGUUGGAUCCGCUUAAAGAAAACAAACGUGAUUAACGUUGUUAAAUAAUCUCCUAACCCUUAUUAAAUAAUGUACGUGGUUGCUAAAGAAAUGGAAAGGCAUGAGUUCUGAAGGAAUUCCACCUUAGUGUACGUUGGAGUCUGCUAUUAGAAUUGUAGUACAGAGUCCGUUGGAUAUGCUUUCGUCUUUAGUAAAGGAACACCAAACAAAACAAGCCCAUAGAAAAGAAAAGCAAGAACAAAAGAGAAAAGAAGCAGUUGCUGCUGCCAACAGUUUGACCCAAGCUCUUGUGGACCACCUGAACGUUGGAGUAGCUCAAGCUUACUUAAAUCAAAAAAGACUUGAUGCAGAAGCGAAGCAACUUCAUCAUAGUGCUACUAACUUUGCCAAACAGACACAGCAAUGGGUUAAUCUUGUCGAGAGUUUUAGUGGAGCACUCAAGGAGAUUGGAGAUGCUGAGAACUGGGCUUGUAGCAUAGAGGGAGAUAUGAGGACAAUUACAAGUGCUCUAGAAUAUGCAUAUAAAGCAACUCAAGAAACACCAUAGUUCAGUGCAUUUACUGGGUUGUUUUAAUGGAUGAGCCAUAAACACUGUAUGUAGCUCAUGAUGCUUUCUCUCUCAUGGUCAUUAAUUAGAAUAAUUAUGAGAAUUAGUUGUAUGAAAUGAAAAUCAUUUAAUUAUGGAAUCUUUUUUAUUAGUCUUGUCACUUAGCAACCAGAAUCUGGAGACAGCUUGUAUUUUGAGCAUUUAAAAAGGUCAUUUUUUUUGUCUCAGAUGAUUCCAUUAUUUGGUCCUGAGAUACAGUUCACAUUUAUUUUUUCUUCUCUGAUGUUUUGUAUUUGUAUAUUUUAUAUGGAAAAUAAAUACUUCUGUACCUUGUGUAAGUUUUACCUAAUGGUUUAUAUGAUUUAUUUAUCAUAUGUAGCUAUGUAUGGAUACUAUUACUGGAAGAUUUUUUACAACAAAAGGUUCAUUAUAGAAUAAACUCCAAUAUUUCAAAAAAUAUCUGUCUCCAAAAUGUUGGAUUUUUAUUGUAAUCAUUGUACUUAGUUUCCAUGAUAAUGUAAAAUUUCAUGUUUUGCUUAGUUUAUGCACUCUUAGAAUGCUGUAGAAACUUGGAAUUUUAAAAGGGAGAUGUAUGGAAGUGUAAACUCCUUUUUAAUAUCUGGAAACCUCGAAAUUCAGUCCUUAAUGCCAAAGAUGCCAGAUCUGUCAAACAGUAGAACAGAAAUAUUGAUAUUUAUGGCUACAUUUUGAGAAGAAAAAAAGAAGUUUACAAAAUUUGGUGUGGCACUAAAAAAUUCAUGAUUCUUAUGUUUUGUCACAAUGUACAUGCUCAGUUAGGAGUGGGGAAACAGUUUAGUAAAAGGGCCAUGUUUGUGAAUACAAUAUAUUUAUAAA